AUGACGAAGAAUACGCCAAGAACAAUCACAAAACCCUCAUCGACUACAAGAACUUUGACAGAGCUGACGAGCAUCAAUAUGCUUAUGAAGGCUUCAUGUAUUCACCGCUCUCACCGUAUCUCUACAGGGACCAUCCGUACAUCAGGUCGCAAGAUUCUCGGAUUGUCGGAUCGAAUUUCGUGCAGGUAA